GGAGGCAAGUCCGUCUCCCGCUCCAAGAAGGCAGGACUUCAGUUUCCUGUUGGUCGUGUGCACAGGUACCUCAAGAACGGCAAGUAUGCUACCAGAGUCGGUGCGGGAGCUCCCGUGUACCUUGCUGCCGUGUUGGAGUACCUCUCUGCUGAGGUCCUCGAGUUGGCCGGCAAUGCCGCCCGUGACAACAAGAAGUCUCGCAUCAUUCCCAGGCACGUUCAGCUUGCUGUCAGGAACGACGAGGAGCUCAACAAGCUU